ACCUCGAAAUCACAGAUCAGGGGUUAACCCACACCAUAUAAAUGAGGCAUGCGCGUUACGAACUACAAUCCCGCUGGAUUCAGUUGUGUGCCAAACCCACUCCUACACGGCAGCCUGUGUUUCCCUAUGUAUCAAAGCAUUGUAGUGUUUCGAAAAGUUGUCGAAACUUUUUUCCGCCACUAUUGGUUGUCUUGUAAAUAAAACCGCUUUAAAUCCGCCAUUUUAUGUUGUGUAGGCCUACCUAGUAAAUAAAUAAAAUAAACUUUCGCUGUAAAAAUAAAAUGUGUGUGUAAUGAAGUAGUUUUUAAUGUUUUUGUGGUCAAGUUUAAAAGUGUAAAACUUUGUAAAAUUAAGUGUAAAAAGUUUCUCUGUGUGUUUGUUAUAUUGUGAUUAGAAAUGUGAAUUGACGAGUGGACUCAGAAGUAAAAAAAUAUAUAUGUGAAAAAUGGAGGAGCCGAACCUAACGGCCGUCAACAGCUCGCUCGUUCGCGUGCGCGACGUCAUAUCUACCGAUAUCACAGUCGUCGCGAUACGUAACGCAACGGUCGCCGGCAACGCAUACGAGUGGCGUUUUAUCCUUCCACCUUACAUACUUAUUUUCCUGCUAUCGAUAUCGGGAAACUGCCUUGUAAUCGCAACACUAGCUAGCAACAGGCGAAUGAGAACUGUCACUAAUGUGUAUUUAUUAAAUUUGGCUAUAUCAGAUUUCCUGCUCGGGGUGUUUUGUCUCCCUUUCACGUUGGUAGGACAAAUUUAUAGGCGUUUCCUGUUCGGUGCUCUACUGUGCAAAUUAAUACCCUUCUUACAAGCGGUCUCAGUAUCCGUGGACGUGUGGACAUUAGUGGCCAUAUCUCUGGAACGCUACUUCGCCAUCUGUCGACCGCUGAAGUCGAGGAAGUGGCAGACCCAGUGUCACGCAUACAAGAUGAUAGUAGUCGUGUGGGUGUUAUCAGUCGCACUAAACUGGCCGAUUCUUAUUGUGUCCAAGCUGCAACCUAUGAGAGGGAAUGCCUACAAGUGCAGAGAAGUGUGGUCGAGUCUAGAGCUGGAGAGGACGUUCAACUUGGGCCUAGAUGUAGCUCUGCUUUUGGUUCCAUUCUUCAUCAUGUCGUUUGCGUACUGCCUCAUUGUCACCAAGCUGUGGAGAGGAAUGAGGCACGAGAUCAAACAUAACUUCAACUGGCAAAGGCAUUUAACCAGAAGUAGUAGUAUGAAGAGCAAUCACCUGCUGACGUCUCCGGCUAUUCUGCAAAAUAACGCGACGGAUAUGUGUUGCAAAAACUGGAUACGCAAAAAUGAAAGCGAAGCCACAGACGAUCAAAUGCAAUCAGAUUCGUUCUGUCGUCAUACGGACCUGGAAUUCCGGCAUGUGGUCAGAUCCACACAUAUUGACAAAAGCAUCGAGGCCAAGCGAAAAGUAAUAAGGAUGCUCUUCGUCAUAAUACUAGAGUUCUUCGUAUGCUGGACUCCACUACAUGUCAUAAAUACGAUAUACCUAUUCUACCCGGAGGAGCUGUACCUGUACAUAGGGUCAAAGGGCAUAGUGUGUUUGCAGCUGCUGGCGUACUGCGCCUCUUGCUGCAACCCUAUCACCUACUGCUUCAUGAACAGAAAGUUCCGACAAGCCUUCAUGACGCUGCUCAAGUCUUGCAGAUUCUUCAGGAGCUGCUUCACGGAGAAGCUGGAGUGCAAGCAAGCUACUCCACCACCUUCCAGCCAAGAUGUGACGGCCUGCAUCGUGCGGGGCAGCCAGACUGGACGCACUGAUUUGGAAGCGCUGGAGGGCGAGGAUUGUGUUUAGCAGCGGCUCCAGCUCCGCUCUGGGAAGCGGCGUGCACCCUGCACUGCCAGCGCCUGUCGUUGCAAGGCCAGCCAUGCAGGUCAUCGAAACCGGCGAAGAAGGGAGCCAAUUCCUCUAUCGCAUUACAUGGGCCCGGACCGGACUAUCAAAAGGAACAGGGUCCUCACAGCCACUAUAUGAGUGAACGAAUAUGAACUUUAUCCUGUAGGUGCGAACGACGUAAUUUGAAACAACGAGCUUCUGGUAGGUAGGCGUAGGUAGAUUCUAGAAGGAAAGAAAGGCUUAGAUAAGUUGACCACUGAAAUAAAAGAUGAUACAAAUUGCCAUACAUGCUGGUAACUAUUUUAAUCAAUCAAUAAUUAAAAAGUGACAUUACAAAACGUUUUAUCAUCAUAUCGAGUGUGUUAUUGCUAACACUGGUGUCAGAUAUUAUACAAGACGCCUAAAGGCACUUGACAUGACUUUUACCACUACUUACCUCCAUCUAGUUGCCACUAGAUGGAGGUAGGUAGUGACAUACACACUAGUUAACUAAACUGUCAACCAGUGUGCAGGUUUCCUCAUGUUUUCCUUCACCGAAAGCAAGUGGUGGUCUAUGAAAACUACUAUACCUAUAUAUGAGUCAGAUUGGUAUACAAAUUCAUAUGACACGAGUAGGAUACGAACCUGGGACCUUUCGAUCCACAGGCGGGCGUCUUUACACCACCGCUUCACUUGAUAAUAUUUCCUGCAGGCACAUAUCCAUCAUAGCUAACAGUACAGGCAUGUCCACAAUUUAAUUCACUUUCUAAUCUCUCGGGUGUCUGCGAGAACCCGACCUCAAAGAGGAAUAAGAAGGACCUCACACAGUAGGUAUAGGGGAAUACCGGGAAUUUUAUAGUCUCAUGAUAGAGAGGUCGGGCCCCAGAUGAAAAAGAUAACGAUAGAAACCUUACAUCAAAAUGUUCUUUGGAAUACUGACUCUUCAGUAUUAUCUAUAACUUUAUAUUGCGCACAACCUUUUUUGUGAACUGGAUCCGCGCCUGAUUUCCUGUAGAUAUAUAUAUAUGUAUGUGGGAUUGUUUGGCAAAACAAACAAUGAUAUCUUUAAAAAAAGUUUUAUUUUCCGACCACAGAACGUUCGCCGUAAGAAACAAAGCCAUUCCUCUUUUUUCUCGCUCGCUCUCCUGCCUCCCUUUCUCACAUCCGCUGCGUUCCAUUUUAUACUAAUCUCUAUCCCACAAACACAUAUAUAAAUAUAUUAUAGAUAAUAAUAAAACAAUAUAAACAACGAUAAAUUAAUUCCUGUAGAGUCCGUGUCACAAAAGACAACAACAACGUGUUCGGUCUGUUAUUGAUAGUUCGGCAUAUUGCAGUGAAACGUUUGUGGCGCGUGCUCUACGUUACGCUUUACCACCAAAUGUGUAUCACAUCACUCUACUGAAAAUAGAUAUAUUAAGACCACUGUACAAUUGAAAAUUUUAUGAGAGUUUAAAACUGAAUU